AUGACGUCACUCAUUUACGACGAUGGCGACGAGUACGAUGACGAAACGAUAAUAGAAAAUAAAAAAAAUACUGCUAGAGAAAAUGGCGAUAGAUCAUUGGUUGUCGUUUUACCAUUUAAGGGUGAAAAUAAAAAAAAUAUAAAUGAACUUUAUACGAAAAAACCAUUUGUUAAAAUGAUCGAUACAGUUAAAGAUUUAGAAUCCGAUGGUAGCAGUUACAAAGAUGAAAUACCAAACGUAACGAGAAGAAAAGAUGAUGUCGGAACGACUGAAUUUAAUUCUAAAGAAAUAUACGCAGAUAGUUUUUCCAUUCCUGUCGAAACGACGACAGAAACUUUCGAAGAUGUAACAAAAUCAUAUACAAAUUAUAUAAAUCCAGAACAAGUAACACAAAAAUUUGACAAUCCUGUUUUGGUAUAUUCUAAACCUGUUAAAUACAACGAUGAUGAUGACAACGAAGAUUGGAUAAAAAAAACGAAAGAAAUCGAUCAAGUUAUCGAUACGUUGCCUAAAGACAUGAAAAAAUUUAUUUUUGAACUUGGAUUAAAUAAAGAUAAUGAUAAUAAUGAUGAUAAAGUAGGAGAAAAAAAUGAGAAAAAUGUUUUACAAGUUAAAAAAAUAAUACAUCCUAUAAUAGAUGCAAAAUCUUAUUCUGUAUUUAAACCAUUGUCAUUGAAUGUAAAAAAUGAUGAUAAAUCAUUAACAGAAGACAUGAAAACAUUUUUAAAAUCAUUUGGUCUUUAUCCAGAUGAUGUGAGAUAUACAAAAUCAAUCAAAGAAAAUGAUUCAAAAAAAUCAAUCAAUGAAAAUGAUUCAAAAAAAUCAAUCAGAGGUGAUGAAAUAUCAGAGGGACAACUUAAUUUCUUACCAGAUGAUUUAAAAUUAGUUCUUGAGGAUAUGGGUUUGCUUAAGGUUAGAGAGAAAAAUGAUGUACCAUUUAUGACAAUCCAUGUUUUCAAACCAAGCAAUCAUAGUGUGCCAAAAUCAAAUGAAGAUAUAGAAAAAUUAAAUGCAAUUUUAACAUCAAUUAAAACAACAAUAAAUAAAUCAAAAUCUUUAACACCUGAUGUUCAAAGUGAAAUAACAGAAAAAGUUAAACAACUCAAUACUUUCAAACAAACAACUAAACCUAGAAUAGCAAGAAGAGUCACUAAAUUAUUUGAUGGACCUGAUCCAUUAGUACUUACUGAUGAGACUUUAUUAAAAACUGAUGUUAAAAGACAAGACAAUGCCACUGAUACAUCCUCUGCUUCUUCUUCUGCUUCUGAUGAUGAUAGUGAUAGUGAAAAUGGUGGAGAUACAAUGACAACUUUAUCUCCUGAUACAGCAAGUGAUGAAUCAGGAACUGUUACUGAAUCUGAAAAUACAGAUUUAUCAAAUAAUUCAACUGCUGAAGCUGAUUCUAAUUUAGAAGCACUUAAAGAUUCUUUUGGAGGAGGAGAAACUGCUGAUGAUAGUGAAGAUGUUGAUAGUUCAUUACCACCAAAAAAGCCCAAUGGUUUAUAUCUUUUAUUUGAUUGGAAUAGCUUUUUGGAAGUUGGUACUGAAGAUGAUGAUAGAAGAGUAAAUCUUAGAUUUCAACCUAAAUCUAAUUCAUCCGUUAAUAUCUCGGAUUCACUAAAAACGAUUAAACAUUUCACUUUCACAAAAAAAGAAAACCGAAAUCUGUUGCAACUCAACGCGCUCUGGUUAUUUUGA